GCCCGUCGGGGGGGUUUCGGGGGUUGCCGUGACAACGAGCACCGGGGCGGAGCUCGCCGCUUCCGUCGCCCGAGUGCCCGGGAGGGCGGGGACGGGGCUGGGAGCGGGAGUGGGAGCGGGAGGGGGCGUCCCGCCGGCACCCUGCGCCCGGCGCCGCGGUGUCGCAGUGCUGGGGACCCCCGUGCCAUGCUCACGGCCCGCAGGACCUGGGCUCCGGGACCCGCCGCCUCUGCGGGAGCUGCGUGGAACCGGGACCCUCGGCCGGACGGACGCGGGCAGGACGUGCUCGUCGCUGGGAGCGAAGAGGAAUUCUCUGCCCAGGUCCCUCUGUUGCCUGUGCUGGUCCAGCAUAAAAUCUUUGGUGUGAGCUGGCCAGACUCUGCAAACCCACGCGGUGUCUGCCUGGCCCUCCAGGUCCUUCCAGAGAAGGGCUGGUGCCCAUCCCUGACGGAGGCUACGGAGGAGCCACCAGCAUCCCCCCACGAGCUGGCCACCACCGUGCCAGGGCAAGCAGCCUGCACCAUGAACCUGGAGAAAGCCGGGCACUGUGGUGGCGAUGGCUGGGGAGAAACAGCUGUGGAAAGGCGUGCAGCAGGCGUGGCUGUGCCAGGAUUUGUUAAUCCCCAUGGUUUCCCAUCUCGCUCCAUCAGGACUGCAUUGCCCGGGCUUGUUGGGGCGCAUCCAGGGGGCAGGUUUUGCAGUGGGAAGCGCGCCAGCCUGCCGGCCCCACGUCCCUUCCCUGUGAUCCAGAAGGUGGUGGCAUCCAUGGCACACCUGCAGGAGGAGAAGCUGCGGCUGCAGGAGGAGCUGCUGGCUCUGCAGGAGAAACUGGCUGCCCGGAAGAGCGAGGAGCUCGCCGUCUCUGUCCAGCUGCAAGGGCAGGUUGAAAACUUGAAGGCGAAUCUCCUGGACCAAGCCCAGGAAAUCAGCAGGCUGCGCUCAGAGCUGCAGGGCGGCACGGACCUGGAGAAGCACCGGGACCUGCUGGCGGCCGAGAACGAGCGCCUGCGGCAGGAGAUGAAGGCACGUGAGGGGGAGCUGCGGGAGCUACGGCGGCAGCAGGCACAGUGCAGGGGCUGCACCCACCUCCAAGAGAACGCCAGGCUGCAGGAGCGGCUGUCCCAGCUGCAGCGGGAGGCAGAGGAGGCACGGGCCAAGCUGGCAGAGCUGGACGUGGAGGUGCAGCAGAAGACGAACCGCCUGGCUGAGGUGGAGCUGCGGCUCAAGGACUCGCUGGCCGAGAGAGCCGAGGAGGAGGAGCGGCUCAGCCGGCGGCUGCGGGACAGCCAGGAGACCAUUGCCAGCCUCAAGUCCCAGCCCCAGCAGAUAAAGUACAUCAUCAAGACGGUGGAGGUGGAGUCAACCAAGGCGAAGCAGGCCUUGUCAGAGAGCCAGUCCCGAAACCAGUACCUGCAGGAGCAGGUGGGGAUGCAGAGGCAGGUGCUGAAGGAGAUGGAGCAGCAGCUGCAGAGCUCCCAGAAGACAGCAGCUCAGCUCCGGGCCCAGAUUGCGAUGUAUGAGUCUGAGCUGGAGCGGGCCCACGGGCAGAUGCUGGAGGAGAUGCAGGCAAUGGAGGAUGAGAAAAACCGUGCCAUUGAAGAGGCGUUUUCCCGCGCCCAAGUGGAGAUGAAGGCGGUGCACGAAAACCUGGCAGGUGUCCGGACCAACCUGCUGACGCUGCAGCCAGCGCUGCGUACCCUCACCCAUGACUACAACAGCCUGAAGAGGCAGGUCCGGGACUUCCCCCUGCUCCUCCAGGAGACCCUGCGGAGCGCCAGGGCUGAGAUCGGCCAGGCCAUCGAGGAGGUGAACAACACCAACCGGGAGCUGCUGCGGAAGUACCGUCGAGAGCUGCAGCUCCGCAAGAAGUGCCAUAACGAGCUGGUGCGGCUGAAAGGAAACAUCCGCGUCUUCGGUCGGGUCCGUCCCAUCACUAAGGAGGACGGUGAGGGUCCGGAGGCAGCCAAUGCGGUGACGUUCGAUGCCAACGAUGAUGCCGUCCUUCACCUCCUGCACAAGGGGAAGCAGGUGUCCUUUGAGCUGGACAAGGUCUUUCCGCCACAGGCAUCCCAGGAGGAGGUGUUUCAAGAGGUUCAGGCCCUGGUUACGUCCUGCAUUGACGGCUACAAUGUCUGCAUAUUUGCCUAUGGACAGACAGGGGCAGGAAAAACAUACACGAUGGAGGGAACCUCUGCAAACCCAGGGAUCAACCAGCGGGCCCUGCAGCUGCUCUUCUCUGAGGUGCGGAGCAAGGCAUCUGACUGGGACUACGCCAUCACUGUCAGCGUGGCUGAGAUUUACAACGAGGCGCUCAGGGACCUGCUGGGGAAGGAGCCCCAGGAGAAGCUGGAGAUCAAGCUGUGCCCUGACGGCAGUGGGCAGCUCUAUGUGCCCGGGCUGACCGAGUUCAGGGUGCAGAGCGUGGAGGACAUCAACAAGGUCUUUGAGUUCGGCCAUGUCAAGCGGGUGACAGAGUGCACCAACCUGAACGAGCACAGCUCCCGCUCUCAUGCUCUCCUCAUCGUCACCGUCCACGGCCUGGACCGCAGCACAGGGCUGCGCACCACAGGAAAGCUGAACCUGGUGGACCUGGCCGGCUCGGAGCGCGUCGGGCGGUCAGGCGCAGAGGGCAGCCGGCUCCGCGAGGCACAGUACAUCAACAAGUCGCUGUCAGCACUGGGGGACGUGAUCUAUGCCCUGCGCUCCCGGCAGGGCCACGUGCCCUUCCGCAACUCCAAGCUGACCUACCUGCUGCAGGACUCGCUCAGCGGGGACAGCAAGACCCUCAUGAUGGUGCAGGUCUCCCCCGCCGAGAAGAACACCAGCGAGACGCUGUGUUCCCUGAAGUUCGCCGAGAGGGUUCGCUCUGUGGAGCUUGGCCCCAUCUCACGCAAGGCUGAGCUGGCGUCCUGGCCCAGCCAGGAGCAGCUGGAGGGGGACGUGCCGGGGACCGCGGUAUCCUCCAGCCGGGGCCACGCGUCUCCCAGCCCAGGGCCACCCAGUGGCCGUGCUACCUCCAUCCGCAGGAAGCUCCAGACCUCAGGGAAGCUGAGGCCAGUCCCUGUGUGACAGGUGCUGGCUUCUAGCACCAGGCCCGCUACAAGACUGGGCUGCUUGCUGGAGAGCUGUCUGCUGGCUCGAGAGGGGGAAGGCUUUGGUGUGCUCCCCUCACCCACCUCAGUGCCCCAGACCCACCAGGAUCCGUGACCGGGGGCUGUGGCAUCCCUUCCCGGGAGACAUGCAGCUCUGUGACUUCUUUCUUGCUGGACGGAUGCUUUUAGCCAGGAUCGGGAGUGGGAAGCUGCUGGGUGCUCCCUCCACCUCUCCAGCUUUUUUAGGACAGGUGUGGUAUCUGGCUGGAGGGAUCAGAACUGCACACAAGCUGCUGCUAUAGGAGCUUGGCACCAUCCUGAGGUACCCAUGAGGCAUGGGGUGUGCUUGGCCUCCCAGAAACAAGGUUCUACCCUGCUUCAUGUUAUGGCCAGGCACCCACUCAGCAUCUUCUGGAGCAGCACUUCCCAUACUUGAAGCCAGAAAAAGCCCGGCAACUCCUUUCCCCAUAGGUUUCAAGCCCUGUUUUUGCACAAAGGGCCAUGCGUUUGCCGAACUGCUGGGGUCCCAUGCUGGCCCACCCUGGGCACGGAGGGAAGAGCAGGCACAGGUCUGCCCGUUUUGUGGCAGCUGUGUGGUCUUAGCAGUCUCGAAGGAAGCUAUUGUAAAGUUAUUUAACAGUUGUCAAAAGCGAUCACAGUGUGGUCAAGGUGAAAGUGUUUGACAUAUUUAUAUCCCGUUUACAUGGUUGUGGAAUGAAAAACAAGUGCGAAACAAACCUCCAGCCCGGACUUACUAGUUUAUGUGUCAUGACAGCAGCUGGUGGGGUCAGGGGAGAGGCAGCACAAGAGCCUGCACCCCUCCUGGGACAGCUAGCCCCAGGUCGCUUCCUCAUCCAGCAAACACCUGACUGGAUCCUUCCUGCCAUGGCCAUCUCCUGUCACACUUCCACGCUGUAUUCUUAAAAAAAAAA